AUGAGCGUGUUGGCAAGAUCAAGAACAGACUCCAGUCAAGUGGAAACCUAUCAAACAAAACGCAGCGAUGUCGUUGGUACCGCGACUAUUCCGCUUGGAUACAAAUUACGUCAACAGAUUGUUGGUGCAAAGUAUCCCGAACUCAAGACAAACCAGCUUCGCUUGCAAGGAGGCAGUCGAAAUAACGCUAUAACACGACCUCAACAUCCCCAAUUAGGUGAUAGGAUACUUAAUACUCAAGUAUACGAUUCAGUGAUACCCACAGAUCGAAGAUUUUAUUCAAAUGCGCUUUUGUGUGACGACAAAAAGCUCGAGUAUUCACGGAAUUCAUUGACGUUGAAGGAGAGAACUGAUAAAACUAUUAGAAGAAAUCAAAUACGUGAUUGCAUUCAAAAAAAUACAUCAGCAAACGAGGAAGACAUCAAUAUUCGCCGUGCAAAGCUUCGCAACAUGAUUUCAUCAGAGGAAGCCUUAUUGUCAAGAGAGCUCGUCAAUCUAGAUCACAAACGCAAAGACACUCGAGCUGAAGAAGCUGCCAAGCAGGAUGAGUUACAUCGUAUGCGAGAAGAAGAAGAGCGGCGCCAUCUAGUAACGUCAAAACGACAGCAACAGUACUUUGAAAACAGCCCGGAGGCUCGGGACAAAAUGUCGCGGGAAAUAGCUCGCGGGGUAAAAUUCGCGAACUUGGCUCAGAUAUUGGAAAAAAAUUCACGGCAUCGUGAAGAGAAACAAUUGGAUCAACUGUGGCACGAAAUAAUGUCUAAGGAAGCGGCAGCACAGAAACAACACGAAAAUAAUUUAUUAGCGAAACGCAGAGCGCGGGAAAAAGAAACAGGUUCCAUUUUGUCGCAACAGAUGGCCGCACGAUCAUCAACUGAAGAAGAAUUGCGUCGCCAACGCGAAGAAGAGCGUCAGGAAUUAGAGAAUCUGUGGGCGCAAGUGAGGGAAGAAGAGGUACGUAAUUUAGAAGCUGAAAAACUUAAACGAGAGAAAUUUAAACGAGAUCUUGAGGAACAAUUGACGGAAGCGCGAAAGCAGUUUGCUGAUAAAAUGAAACAGGAGAAAGAAAUAAGUUCCUAUAUGAAGUAUUUGGAAGAACUGAAGGCUGAACAGGCGAAAAGAAAAGAAGAAGUUGAAGCGAUAAUCGAACAAUCAGCGAGGGAUAUUGAGGCGAGGCGUGAUUUAGCACGUAAACAGUAUCAAGAACAUCAGGCGAGAUUGAGACAUGAAAUUAUUAGAGCUAGAGAUGAUCAGCUCAAGGCCAAACGUGAUUUGGAAGCUAAACAACGGAGAAAAGUUAAAGAAGAGCGGGAGGUCUGUCGUAAAGAUGCUCAACUUGCGGCGGCUGCUUCCGUCGAAGACGUUUAUAAGAAAAAGGAAAUGGCACGACGGUACCGACAGGAACUGCAAGCUCAGCUUGAACUACAGGAGAUUAAUAAACGCCGCGAUGCUAUAGAGGAUAUGGAAAAAUAUCAACGAGCUUUAAAAGAACAGGAUGAGUAUGAGAAGUUUAAGGACGAGGUUGUAAAGAAGCCUGAUUUUAUUCCAAUUGAUGCUUUCAAGUUUAUGAUGAAGGAAUGCGCUGCUAGACAAGAUAGUAAACAGAAAAAUUUUUAG